AUGGAAGACAAGCAAAGAUUUCCUUUUAGGCGCUGGAAUCCUGAUAACUUUCGACAUAGAGAAGAUCCGAAGCAUGAAGGGUCCGUACCGUUCGGCGGGAACUUUUCGACGCAGCAGCAGCAACAGGCUAGCCAUACUACUUCACGCAGCGACAAUUCCACGCAAGAAGGGUUAGAAUUUGAUGAAAACACGGGAAAACUGGUCUUGAGUGCAAAUCCUCAAAAAUUACAGACGACUUCUGUUCCCAAUGGCCCCGAAAACGCACUGGUUGUCGCUGGAGUCCGCUCAAAAGUUGUAGAUCGACCGGUUGUGGAUGCUAUGGCCGCUCAAGGAUUUUUCAUUUUUAAAAUGACGAACUUUGUGUAA